AAAGAAAAUAUAAACAGAAUGUUGUGAAUUUUCGUUUUAUUUUCAUCAAAAAUAAUGGUUAUCCUGCGUGCAAAAUGCAUUGUGGCUGGUACGUUUGUAUUAUUUUUAUUAGUAGUGCUCAAAUUUGUGAAAUAUUUUGACAAAUUCACUUGUAAAACGAAAUGUUUAUGUUACUGUAGCAACAAUAUAGACGAUGUAUGAUUUCGGUGUUCCUCGAUUUUGUACUGUAUAUACUGUAAAACUAUUGGAAAUCAAUUUAUAUUUACUCAUGGAUAUGAAAAUUAUGCAUGUAUCUAUUGUAUAACACACCUUCCUCACAAUAGGUGCACAUAUGUAAAACAAAUUGUAAAACAUUAUAUGUCCACAAUUUCAAAUAAUGAAUACUAUACUAGAAUACUAGAUUUAAUACUAGUCACUAGUGCAGUGUACUGUUCUUAAAUAACUAAAUGUUCAAAUAACAUUGAUUCACAAUGUAGGUGAAGCAAGUGUAGGAAAGAGUGCACUUGUGCAGACAUUUGGCAGCGAUGGAUCACAAUUUCCCAAAAAUUAUAGCAUGGUGAGCUACAACUUUAGGCCACUACAAGUUAAUCUUAAGUUUCUGGUCCGCCGCCCGCAUCAUUUCUCCGUAGAGUAUUAUUUCAGGACUAUUUUGUUUUUUCAAGUUCUUGAAAAUUUUCGCGAAGGAUUUAACUUAUAGAACGAUAAAUAUUCAAUUUACACUAAAAAGACCUAGCAAAAUGAAGUAUUGAAGGGUAAAAACCGAUGCCUUAUAAGUCUGCGUUCUCAUUUGGCCACCAUGCUGAGAUUACGAGCCGUACGAGGUAAAAAAAACUAUAAAUAAUCAUUUUGAUAUGUAAAAUCCUUUGUAAUCUGUCGUGCAUGUCUAUUUUUAAAUAAUGUAAAUUAUGUUUAUAAUAUUUUGAUACAAUUAGCAUGAAAAAGACAAAAAGGACCACAAAAAUGUGGGCAAAUCCACAAUUGUAAUUAUGUCCUAUAGUCCUAACCACACGCCCGCCCGCGUCGUAAACGGAGGUAAGGCCGGACCAGAAACUAAAGAUUAACUUGUAGUGGCCUUAUUAUAAAACCUGUCUUCAAAUUACGUUUACACUUGUCUGCCAGGGUGCAUUUUAAGUGCAAUAUGCCGAAGAUCUUCGACGCAAGUUUGGCAAAUUACAAUACUAUCUAUAGUUAAUAUUGGCGUAUCUUCGGUGUUACAUGGAAUGCACCCUGGCUUGUCUUUACCAGUGUGGCAAGUUUGUAUCAUCCAAAUGAUAUAUACUCAUGUCAUGAUGUCUAUAUAUAUUUGUAUUAUUUUUCUCAGACUGCUGGAGUUGACUUGCAUACAAAAGUUGUGAACAUUCCAGAGACAAAUGAUAGCGUGGUAAGAUUUGCAAGUCAACAUUAUCUAGUAACCAGUUAUGUUUUCAACUGGCAUGUGAUUUAUUAUAUUUGCAGUUUUUUUACCUACCGUUUUUUCAGGAAUUUUAUCUUUACGAUUCUGCUGGACAAGAGAUAUUCACUGACUUGGUAGAACAAUCUGUAAGUCUGUAUUGGGGAUAA